GCGUCGGCUGACCCUGACACUAGUUUUUCAAUUAAUAGCUUACUCAAUUGUAGAUGCGAAGCAGCAGUUGUUGUGUUUUUGAUCGUGUCAGCUUUUGAUUCAUUGCGAGCACUAACGAUUUCUACGAAAUUAGUUGUCUUUACCUGACAAAAUCACAAGAAAAAUUAAAGUUCUCUGACCGACUUUUACUGCUCCUGCUGUACUAAUUUGUCUAAUAUUCCUGUUCGUGUUAUUCUUGCAUACGUAUUACAAGAACUACAACGUCUUGCUCUACUUCUCUGAAUCGAGGACUUCAAUAACGACUAACACCAACGAGAGAAAUAGAACUUCUACCGACUGCAGCUAGUGAUUUAGAAUACCACUGUCCUCUACUCGUUGAGCGAAAAUGAAGUGGAGGCGAAUGGGUUCGGAACAGCGGGAUGAACAGCAGAUGUUUGUGCCCAAACAAGUAGGCAACAAAUCGCCCUCGUCUGCGGACGUUAGCGGUAAGGGUUCGUCUUCAGCAUCGUCGUCUAAGAUGAAAGGUGGAGAGAAAGGUACUAGUGGCGGCGCUUCCUCGUCAACAGGAAAUGGUAGUAAGUCAAAGGGCAAGGGUAAGCGAGGAGGAGGUGCAAUCCUCGAACAACACCAGGCUACUUGCACUACAAAUGCUGUACUAGCGGAAGAAAAGGCCACAACUGCUCCUGGUGAUGCUGUAGCUUCAUCUUCAACAAGAACUACCGUCGAAGUGACCGAUGAUAUUGCUGCGACCACAUCAAAACAAGUUUCAUCGUCCCCUUCUAGAUCUAGUUCCUCCUCCGCUGUUGAAGAUGCAGAAGUUAUUAUUCAGCCUGGCGGAUCUUCUCGUGUCGUUGCUGUUCGCGAAGACAUGGAACUCAUUAACUUCAGCGUCGAUGACGUCUCCGAAGACGUUGAUGUUGACAUAAAACAGGGGUCUUACAUGAGUGCAGGUACUCCGCUCUCCUUGUCUAAGUGUCUAGACCUCGAUGGGCGUGGCAUUUUCUGCGGUAAUGACGAUGACGAGACCGACCAGCCAAUCGGAACUGCGAG